GGCCCAGCGGCAGCCAGGAGGGCGGCCUGGUGGCCCCCGCCCCCGCCCCCGCAGCAACCGCUGGCGGCGACGGCACGGUGGGCGCCGCCGGCCUGCCCGGCGGCGGCCGACUGGCCUCUGAGCCCAGCCCUGCGCCGGAUCCCGGCUUGGUGGCCGCCGCACCCGAGCCCGCCGGGCAGACCAUCCAGGUCGGCGCGCCGCUGGAGGCGCCAACGCAGCCGGUGGCCCCCGGCGGGGCCGCGGCCCCAGUGGCUGCCCCCACAGCCGCCCCCGCCAGCCCCACUCUGUCUGAUGAGCCAGUCAGCCUGCCGCUGCUGACGGCGCCGGGGCCGCAGGUGGCGGAGCCGGCCACAGAGGCGCUGGUGGUGGAGCCUCCCGCGCAGCAGCCGGUGCUGACCCCAGCCCCUGAAACGGCCCCCGUGGAGCAGCUUGCCGGAGGACCCUCCCCCGCCGUCGUCCCCGGCGACGCCGCCGCACCGCUGGCGGCCCCGGGCCCCGCCUCCGGCGCCGGCGCCGACGCCGGCGGCGCGCCUGCGCAGGCGCCGGCCCUGCUGAGGCGCCGCUCCCUGCAGGGCUACAACGCCACGUUCAACGCCACCACUUUCUUCCUAAACGUCACCACCAACAUCACCUAUUCGGCAGUGGUGGAGAUCCGGUGGGGGAGACCCGUGGCGGGG